CAACCAAACAGCCCCUUGUUUUAGAGCUGCAACUGUAGCAAACAUCUGUGCUGUUUGUGCUAUGAGUUCGUUAUUUCAGUUAUAAAAGUAGGGCGGGCGGCCUUUGUGGGCUUGUUACUUCAUUCAUCCUUCCAAAAUAUUUGUAUGUUAGUUGGCAUUGCACUAAUUUCUCCGCCGUUUUCUGAAUCCGGUUAGAUGCUUUUUUGUGUGAAUGAAUUCAUUGAAUAAUUCAUCAAUCCAUUCUCCAACCUUCGUAGUCCAUCCCCUCUCAGUUUCAGUGGUGAUUUAAUUCGGGCAACUAUGGAGAAGACAGAUCACCAACAAAAGUUGUAUACAAAGAUGAGGCUCUGGGAGUUUCCGGACAAAUAUGUCAUUGAGCCUUCUGAUGGAUCUUCUGGUCCACGUUUGGCAGUCAGUAGGGAAGAUGCUUCAAUGAGUUUAAUUGAUGAUAUACCGCAUUGCAGUUCACUACGUGUUCCGAAAAUUAAGGAAAUAUUCGGUGUUGUUGGGAUGCUAAAGCUUGUGGCAGGAUCAUACUUAAUAGUCAUAACGGAACGUGAACAUGUUGGUUCUUACAUGGGGCAUCCAAUUUUUAGAGUUGCAUCAUUGAAGGUGUUACCAUGUGACCAUUUUCUCAAGAACUCUCCGAUAGAACAGAAAAAAAUGGAAGCGGAGUUUUCCGCUCUACUAAAUGUUGCAGAGAGCACUCUUGGCCUGUACUUUUCUUAUGAAGUCAAUAUAACAUUGAGUUCACAAAGAUUAAAUGAUUUGGGUGAAUCUAAACUGCUUCCUCUUUGGAGACAGGCAGACCCUCGGUUUGUUUGGAACAACUACAUCAUGGAAGUUCUUAUAGAUAGCAAGCUUGACCCCUUCUUGCUUCCUGUUCUCCAGGGAAGUUUUCACAACUUCCAAGCAGCCAUUGGAAAAGAUAUUAUUGAUGUUACACUGAUUGCACGAAGGUGCAAUAGAAGAACUGGAACACGGAUGUGGAGGAGAGGUGCUGAUUCUGAUGGAUAUGUUGCAAAUUUUGUGGAAAGUGAACAAAUCUUGUUAAUGAAUGGAUUUACAGCAUCAUUUGUUCAGGUUCGAGGGUCGAUCCCUUUAUUGUGGGAUCAGAUUGUUGAUUUGACAUAUAAGCCCAAGUUUGAGAUAGUCAGACAAGAGGAAGCACCUCGGGUGAUUGAGAGGCACUUUUUGGAUCUGAGAAAGAAAUAUGGGAAUGUUAUUGCCGUUGAUCUUGUCAAUAAGCUAGGAGGAGAGGGACGCUUAAGUGAAAGUUUCUGCAAUGCAAUGCAGCAUAGUGCUAGUGAAGAAGUGAAAUACUUGCACUUCGAUUUUCAUCACGUGUGUGGGCAUGUUCACUUUGAGAAUCUCUCAAUACUUUAUGAUCAAAUUGAAGGCUUCCUCACCAAAAACAGGUACUUUUUACUGAAUGAAAAAGGUGAGAAAGUUGAGACACAACUUGGAGUUGUGAGGACUAAUUGCAUAGAUUGCUUAGAUCGAACAAAUGUCACUCAGAGCAUGAUUGGUAGGAAAAUGUUGGAAUUCCAAUUCAAAAGGCUUGGUGUUUUUAGUGCUGAAGAAACAAUUAACAGCCACCCAAACCUUGAUGAGAGCUUCAAAAAAUUGUGGGCUGAUCAUGGUGAUGACAUAAGUAUCCAAUAUUCCGGAACUCCCGCUUUAAAGGGAGAUUUUGUGCGAUGUGGUCAAAGAACAGCCCAAGGGAUUAUCGCCGAUGGCUACAAUGCCCUGAAACGCUACUACUUGAACAACUUCCAAGACGGUACCAAACAGGAUGCAAUUGAUUUAUUGCAAGGGCAUUAUAUUGUCUCCGUUGCACGAGACACAAUGCAGACAUCUCAGCGGGGAGGCAUUGAAGCUGUUGCUUCGUUUCCAGCGGCUUUUGCACUGAUUAUUCUCGGGUUGUUUCUCGCUGCCUUGUCGCUAAGACGAGUUCGAAAUGAUCCCUGGAACCUAUUAUUUUCAAUGAUUUGGGCAAGCAUGAGUGUGGGUAUAGCUGCAUUUGUGAAAGCCAAUGGCCGUGCUUUCUGCAAUCGCCCACGCCUCCACCAACCCAGACGCUGAAAGAACAAUUACAAUAAGCUCUAUUUUGCAUACAGUAUUUUAUUGUGUAAAUCUACACCAGAUACUUCAUUGAAUUUUAUAAAGAACAACCAUUCUGCAGUUUAUGCAUAUACUUUGAUUAUUGUACUGAUCCGAA